GAGUGAUCAUGGAUCCACGGUCUGACCCCCGGUCCGAGGGAACUGACUACGUUCCCAACAGUAUUCCCUAUGUUCCGGAGCACAGGUCUGAGCUGUGUGUGUCAGAGGCUCACAGCCAGCAGCUACUGGGCAUGCUCAGAUCGUUCAGAGAGCGAGGCCUCCUGUUUGACUUCACUAUAACAGUCCAGGACCAGACCUUCCCCUGUCACCGCUGUGUCCUGGCAGCCUGCAGCGACUUCUUCAGGGCCAUGUUUGAGUUGGACAUGCGUGAGUGUGGUGAUAGGAUGGUAACCCUGGGUAACCAGUCCCCAGAAGCCGUGCGCUGCUUCCUGGACUUCUGUUACUCUGGAGAGAUGGUCAUCACCCACGAAAACGUAGACAUGCUGUUCCAGCUCGCCUCUUUCCUACAGGUGUCUGUGCUCUUCAGAGCAUGCAGUGACUUCCUGAUAGGAACCCUGGAGCUCUCCAACUGCCUGAUGCUAUUGGCCCUCGCCGAGGGAUAUGGCUCUGCUUCCCUCCUCCAGCAGGCCAAUGAGUUUGUAGUUCAGAACUUCCAUGACCUCUCAAUGACUACAGACUUCCUGGAUAUGCCGUUGGGCGUGCUCGAGUUAUGUCUGGGUUCGGACAGUCUGAGCGUGCCCAGUGAGGAGGUGGCGGUGAGGUCAUCCCUGAGGUGGACAAGUCACGACCUCCAGACCAGACAGAGGCUGUUGCCACGGCUCCUAGCACUGCUACGGCUACAUCACGUACCCACACACACCCUGCAGGCCCUGGCCCGGACUGAGAAUCUCCUCUCAGGGGACCAACUCUGUGUUAGUCUGGUCAGUGAUGCAGUGAGUAGACAGACACAGUUCAGUGGUCUACUGCCAGACGCCAGACCAGCCACCACACAGUCUUACAUCUACAUCCACAAGACAGAGGACAACGGAGAUAUACACCACAGCUUCUGUUACUGCCUGGACACAGACCAAUGGAGAGAGCUACCUCAGGGCCAGGGGGCGGGUUUUAGUAUGACCCCUGACCCCUCAGGCUCUUCCCUCACCAGCUACGCCGAGAAGUUGUUUGUGACAGGUGGUUGUCGGGGCAACUGUUGUCGCACGGUGCGUCUUCACGUGGCAGAGCCGUUCCAUGAUGCGACAGCGGAGGUUUGGUGCUACUGCCCAGUCACACACACCUGCACCCCUGCCCCGGACAUGGGGAAACCCCGUACCAUGCACACAGCCAUCACCACCCUGGACAGACUGUAUGUGCUAGGAGGGAGGACCAGAGGAGAAAGGGAGGGGACUCCUAGCCUAAUGGAGGUGGAGUACUACGACCCCCUGGCCAAAACCUGGACCUCCGUUAGCCCUCUGCCCACUGCUAUCUACUACCCAGAAGCCAGUGCGUGCGGCAGCAUCAUCUACACAUUGGGUUCAUCAGUGGAGAUAUCGGACUCCUUCAACCCUUCGCUGGACUGUUUCCUGCGCUACGAUGCUGUUUCUGACCAGUGGAGCCACCUGGUGGCAGAGUUUGGUCAGUUUUUCCACGCCACCCUGGUCAAGGCUGUGUCCGUCAACAACAUUUUACACCUCUGUGACUUGUCUACGUAUAAGGUGUACAGUUUCUGUCCAGAGACGUGUGUGUGGCAAGGGGAGGGGUCGUUCGAGUGUGCCGGGUUCAACGCAGGCUCCGUGGGCGUGGCCAACCGAAUCUACAUCCUGGGAGGAGACUACUCACCCGAUGAGAUCACUGACGAAGUCCAAGUGUACCACAGUGGGCGGGGCCAGUGGGAGGAAGUAACACCAAUGCCACGCCCCCUGACAGAGUUUCACUGUCAGGUCAUCAGCUUCAACAGAUACAGAGACCCCUGGGGGGGAAGGGACAUGUAAACACACACACACACACUACCUGGGGACUAAAAGCUGCACUCCGCAUCAAUGAAAUAAAUUAUGUUUUGUCAUACCUCAAGUAUUUAUUACUUUUAUUACAUUUUAUAUUAUAUAUUUAUUU